AUGUCUGGCUUCAAGCCGGUGGAGAACCUGGAGGAUGGCAGCGAACUUGAGGCUGACGUUUCCUUCCGAAUGAAACGGUCCACGUUGAAGAAGACUGCUGUAGCAGUGGCAACUGCUAUGGUCGUUUGUGUGGGCAUUUUUGCCUUGUCAACGAAUGGCUUCAGCCACAACUGCAACAAUGUUGGAGCUUUGCAAGGCAAGUCUGCUUUGGAUCUUGACUCUGCCAUCCGCACCACUAGUGAAAAACUGAUUCAGGCAGCCAAGAACAAUCAAACUCUGGCUGAUGAGACUGUGAUGAAGGCCAUGGUGAAGGCAGGUCACAAGGUUCAGGACCACUGGGAGAAGCACCACAUCCGCAAGUUGGAUACUCUUGUGACGAUCCGAAAGGUGAAAGGAUUCCGCCAAGGACAAAAGGCCGCGCUUGCUGGACGUGCGGAAUGCUCCUUCAACAUUUUGGAGGCAUUUGUCUCAGCAGUGGGUAUGGGUGAUGACAUCAAUGCCAUCAUUCGAACUUGCCCUGCACCUCGUGAUGGUGAGUCUGAGUUGGCUUGCCAGGUGAACGGUGGCAUCCUGGGUGCUUGGGUAGGAAACCUUGCUACAAAGCUGGCCUUAGCAGCUUCCAAUUGUGCCCUGAGCAUCAACGUGGAUGCCAUUUGCUCUGCUGGUGUCACAGGCUUGGUGUCAGCCAUGGGAGAGAUUGCAGCUGGAGCUUCUUUGGGUGCGGCCGUAUGUACCGGAACUCCGCCACAAUUGACCACCACCAAGAUCAGUGUCCUGGGAGAUCAGACUGUCCGGGACAGUCGACGUUUGCUGAUUGGAGAAGGCGCUGUCGGCAACGGUGUGCAGUGUGGUGUGGAUGUGGGCAUGGUGGCAGCCAACAUUGCAAACAUGGGUCUUGCCAUCAACAAGGCCGUGAAUGUGAACAAGUGCAAAGCGAGCACCUUCCGUUCACCAUUGAACGUGGUCAAGGGCAUCCCAGAGUCACUUUGCACCGUCGACAUUGGUGGUGCUGUGGCCUACAUCGGUCAGGACUUUCUGGAUGUCAACGCACUUUGUGCUGGCUCCAUUGCUGCGAUCACCACGGGUGCAGCGGCCAUUGCGCCCUACGGCGCAGCAGUGCACGCGGCCUGCGCCAACAACCAUUUCUUGAAAACACCCAAGAGUCAAGAACAGCUUUCUGCAUUGUGGAAUUCCCCGGGCUAUGAUCCUGUGUCAGGCCUGAAACACCCUCGACGCUUGACGGAGGAGGAAGAGAUGGCUGCUAAGCAACCCUUGAAGGAAAGCUUGGCUCAGAUCGCAGCGAACCGUGACACUUUGGAGGAGCUGAAGAAGGUGACGGAUGUUCCCAAGCCGGGCAACACAGAGGCAGACAUGGAGACUCUCUUGAGCCUCAUGGGCGGCGAGGACAAGCCGCGUGCCGCCUGGCCAUUUGAAUGCUAGGUCACGUUGAGAGCCGUGAGGACAGCUUUUCGACGUGUCGCCUAUUCUCAGUAAGUGGUCAGAUCGUGUCAGAAGAUGAAAUGCAGCUGACACAUCACGGAAUCGUAAUCAUUUUGAUUAUAUUUGAAUAUAUAAUUAAUAAUAGACAUAUUUGAUCCAUUUUGAUUUUCUUUCUAUCAGCUUAAACGCUGUUGGUGCUAGGUCAACAUGACCUAGCUACCUGAAAUUACCUGGAUCAUGGAUGAUUUGGGUAGGCUGUUUUUGGGUUGGUGUGGAAUCUCUGCAUCAGUAAAUCCCUUCCUGUGCUUCUGCUGACCUGACGACAGUCCAUGUCGAAUGGUACUGGCAAAACCCUGUUGACUGUGGCUUUUGCAGCUUCAAAAAGAGUUGCGAGAUCCAGCAGAAUGCAGAAAGUGACAUCCACAUUCCUGUCCAU